AUGUCUUGGAGUAAGCCAAUCCCUACUCGAGCACCAACUACCUCACCGCCUGUCCCUGCGCCCGCAGAAAUGACCCGCGCCACACCUCAAGCAUUCGCAGGCCCUCCCCUGGCACGCAGCGCUUCCAGAGACUUGAACGCCGCCAAAUCCCCCGUGCGCAGACGCCCCCCGACUUAUCACGUCCCGUGCACAGUCAAAGCGCAAACCCACUACCCGUCCCAUCUUCGUGACAUCCCAGCAACGACGGGCUGCCAAGAAGGUUUCGACCACGACACAUGGUCGGUAUGCUCCGUCAUUAUGACACAUUUUGAAAAGGUACGCCCCAAUCCUUCACGUCCGUAUGCGCCGACAUGCUACCGUACACUCUACCAAAAUGUUCUUUUUCUAACGCACUUCAAAAUGAUUGUGUAA